AAGUUGCUAAAGGACUACCAGAUAAGAAAUCCUAUAGCUGGGAACCCUGCUUUACAAAUUUACAAUUGCUGUCUCAGGAGAUGCUUUCCCAGAAGUAUCUGCAGCUAGUGGCUUUCCUAGGAAUUGUCUGCUUUGCUUGCCUGACUGCAUCAGAGAACCAGGAAAGAGAACGGUCAGUUGCAGAGGCUCAGCUAAUGCACGACAAAGGAAAGACUAUUGAAGAACUAAACCGACAAAGAUGGUUACAAGGAAUACUGGGGUCUGUUCACAACCCAGGUCGGAGAGAGGUUUCUCCAAUACAACAUUCCCGCAGAGAUACACACGGAAAUAAAGAUGACCAGCAGCAAAUCGACAAUAUGAAGAAUGUUCUGCAGUACAAAGGAACAGUUAUAGCACGCAGUAAAAAGAUAUUUCAAUGAGUGCAUAGAAAUUAAUACAGUCAGUUCCGCUUACAUGCUUACAUUUUAUUACCUGUAUAAUAUGUUAUUUAAAGGUUUGAUGUAUGCUGGGUUAUGGGUCACCUUUGUUUUAUAAAGAUAAAUAAUUAUAUAAUAGUCCUUUACGAGAAACAUUUGCCUUGCAUGCACCCAAAGAAGCUGUCUGUGAUAAAGCCCUCAAUGCAGCCGAAAACAAGAAUAAGGACAAGAAGAACAUUUUUUAUCACAAAAUGUUAAAUAAAACAGAGAAAAUAAAUGCAAGGAAAAACAUACCAAUGUAAUAAUUAAGUGCUAACAGCUUUGAAGAAUCAUCUAUAUUGAGGAUAAAAAACGAUGUAAAUCCUUGAGCAUAUCAUUACCCAAAACCCUUGUUUGCACCUUAAACACUGUUUGACAUUUGUCAAGGACGCAAAUAAAGCCAGUUGGUAGGACUUAUGGAGUCAUGUAUGAUCCCUCAUGGGCUGUCUUUGCCACGUGUGCUCAUCUGUGAUCUUCUUUAUAUUUUAUUAAGCAUUAAACUAUUACAGAAUAAAGCUAUGGCAAAUAUACCACACUGUUUAAUGCUAUAAA